GUUUGACAGACGGAAAAGCUAUCGUUCGUGAAAGAAAAAGUGAGAAUUUUCUUUUGUACAACAGUUGAUUUUUUCGAGAAUUCUAUGCAAAUUCCCCAUCGUCCGGCAUUAAAAGAAGUGUGAAAAGAUGCUCUAGCUACGGUUACUUCCAGUGAUCAUUGAAGGGGUCAAAAAUUUAGCCGCUUUGUGAGCGAUAACAGACUUUUUCCACCGAGUGAAUCCUCCACGGAGCUUUAGCUGGAGUAGCAGUGAAGAAGCAAGUGGCAAGAAGAAAUUUCUGAACCGACAUCAAUCUCUCCCGACUUGUGGAAGAGCCUUCUUCUUGUUGUUCUGCAUUUCGUUAAUAUAGCUCCGCAAGGGGUGGUGGUGGGUGGAGGGCACUGGUGUGGGUGAAAAUAGGCACGAUUCACCUCUGCAGCAGAAUUCGGAGGUAGAAAUAUCUGAAACUAGGCAUAAGAAUGGACGUAGCGGAAGUAGAGCCGCAAGCUUCAACUUCCUCAGCGGAAGUAAGCGCCAGUGGUUCAUCGAGUAGCAAUGCCGGCCGCAAGCGCAAGUUGUCUUCCGAUGAGUGCAUCGGGGAUCAACCAAACAUGAAAAUUCUGUCGGUAGAGUUGUCCGACAUCGAGCUACAGGUAUCGCUUCUAGAUCUGAGUGAUGAAAUUCUGAUGGAAAUUUUCCUGAAUCUGGACAGCAACAGUUUGAUAGCUUUGUCGGAAAGCUGCCUUCGAUUGAACAAUUUAAUCCAGGAUAAACGACUCUGGUGCACGGCUGAUUUCAGUUCGAUGCAGUUGGGUGCCGGAGAGCUGUUGAAGAAGAUCAAACAUCUCCAGCCGGAUACCAAAUCGCUAAAAAUUCGCGGAUUGACAGCUGCUUAUCCGUUGGACAAGUGGAAAACUCCAACCUUGACCGCUAACCUGCUGACACAAAUUAACAAGCGCUGUCCCUCGUUGGAACAUUUCGAAAUUGGCGAAGGCUACAUGGACACUAAUAGUGUGGCAAUUAUUUCUUUCCCACCGAGCGUCAAAACAUUGGUAUUUCGCAAAUGCGAAGCCGAUCGAUCUAUGGCCUCGGAAAUAAGAAUGGGAUUUUUAUCGAAAAUCGAUAGAACUUUGCAAAAGUUAGAGGAACUCACAAUAGAGUAUUGCAGCUGGUUUGACACACACGAUUUCAUGGCCCUCUCCAAGGUACCCUAUUUGCGUUAUCUGAGUUUGAAAGGUUGUGCCAACAUGAAAGAUAGCGUCCCAUACGCUAGUAUUGCAACACGUUUCGGGUUUAGAAAGUUGGAAACACUUGAUCUCAGAGACACGCCAAUCUCAGACUCAGACGUUAGUUGCUUCAACAUUGUUCAAUCUCUGAAGGAGCUUUUGCUAGAAUGUCCAGAGCAUCUGCGUACCGAGCGUGGUUUGAAUGAAUACAAUGAAGCAGAGCGACAACGUGUAGAACAGCUUAGACAAUUAGCCAAUCCGGAUCUACUGAAUCCGAUUCUUCGUCGCCAAGGACAGGAUCAAGCUCAGGCAGAGGGUGGCAAUGACCAGGGCAAUGCAGCUCCUCAGCAGCAACCACAGGGGGGCGAAAACGUCAAUGGCGAAAAUGAAGCCCCACCAGCACCUCCUCGCCCACCGAGACCACACUUUCUCGGCGAAGGACGCAAUGUUUUCCGUUUCGCAAAUCGUCAUUUUUUGCCAAACCUGCAUGAUAAUAACGGAGAAAAUCUGAUUCGCAUUAUCAAUCGAGCCGAUAUGGAUCCACCAGCAGCCAACAAUAACCAACAAGCACAGGACCAACCACAACAGAACAAUGCUAACAAUCAGGCACCAGCAGCGAACAACAACGACGAUCCACCGCGACCUGCGGCGGCACCACUGCCAUUUAUGCCAGAGAAUCCUGAAGUUCGACAACGCCAUGUUCGCAUAGUUUAUAACAAUCGCCGUAACAUCAUACGCAUUAUUAACCAUCUAGAACGAAACAAUAACCUGGAGGAUAACAACAACGACCAACAGCAGCAACCAAAUGCUCCUAAUCUUCCGGCGCCAGUUCAGGCCGCCUAUCAGCAGAUAUUCGAAGCCGGAAAUCGAGACAGAGUCGAGAAUGGUCCACUUCCUGAACCACCGCCAGUACCAGCACCAGUCGCUAAUGGACAGAAUGGUCCCAUUCCGGAGCAAGCAGAUGCACCGCAACAGAACGGAGCAGACGAGGGACCAGCAGCAGCUGCCAACAAUCGUGAUAAUCGCAAUGGUGUUCCCAAUGGCAACGCCGAAAACAACGUCCCACAGCAACCGCAGCGCCCAGGAGCAAUCGGAGCCGAGCAAAUUCCAUUGGAGGAUAUGAAUGUACGUGUUAUUCUACAUGGUGGUAUCCAGAAUAACCACCCAAGAAUAAUGCCUCAUGUGAUAAUCGUGCGUGGCGUAGAAAAUAACAACCCAGUGGCCGAGGUAGCGGACGGUGGCAAUCAACAACGACCUGCCAACGCAUUCUACCAGUAUCUGAAUCUGGGACCAGGUGCUCCAGGGCACAACUAUGUGUCCCUGGUGAGCGACCGGGGCAUCUGUGCUUAUGGCGUUUCGCGACACGAACUGCAGGCCGCCUUUGUGCGCGAGUUCUUCCGGCCGAACAUGACCAGCCUGGAGCGGUUGCUGGUUAGAAACUACAAACUGGUGACCGACACCUCCUUGGACCAUCUGGAGUCGGCGGCUCCCAAUCUUCGACUCUUAGAUGUGACAGGAACGUCCGUAACCGAAGAAGGCGUCCGGAACUUCAAACAGGCCCGACCGAACUGCAUCAUACUAUCGGAUUUUGAGUAGUGAUCUACUUUUUUUAGGUGUGUGUUAUUUCUAUUGGAUAGUGGAAAAUGGUGUCCCCUCCGCAACAGUUGAUGACUAUACUUAAUCAUAAAACGAAAAGAAUAGUAACUUACUUUAUUACUACGGCUGAGUAGGAAGGUGCACUAGGAAAGUAAAAUGGAUUUUUUAUAAUGCUAUAUAUAUUUUAUUAAUUUUUUUUCGGCCUUCACUGAUGCGAAAGCAAAAUUCCUAAUUAUAUGAAAAUCUAUUUAAUGAUAAAGCAAGCAAACAUAAUAAUAUGUACUACUGCUGAAUUAAGUUUUUUAGCGGACGAUUAAAAAAAUGUUCAAUAAAAUUCUCGUGUAGGGAAAACAA